AUGCACGAUUCAAUUGGAAUUCCGGCCUGCUUCACAGCCGGCACUCCAAGGCCGGCCGACGAUCCAACCCCAACCGGCGUGAUCAGGUCGGGGCAGAGCGUGUUCAUGUCAGUGUACAGCACAAAGAUAGCCGGCCGGUGCCGGCUGAUCACCGUCACCUGGUGCAAGAAUCUGUUACUCCACGGCCUCUCUGUUUCGGUGCAAGGCCAGAACAGAGACGAAGAGUACCGGUGCAAAGUUGAGCUCAAGCCGUGGUACUUCUGGCGCAAGCAAGGCUCCAAGCAAUUCACGGUGGACGGCAUCACCGUGGACGUCGUCUGGGACCUCAAGGCCGCCAAAUUCAACGGCGAAACGGAGCCACAAUCGGACUACUACGUCGCCAUUGUCUGCGAAGAGGAGGUGGUUUUGCUCGUUGGCGAUCAGAAAAAAGACGCAUUCAGAAAAACUGGCUGCCGGCCGUCGCUCAUAGAGCCGAUUCUGGUUUCGAGGAGGGAGCAUUUGUUCGGGAAGAGGAAGUUUUCAACACGAAUCAAGUUUCACGAGAAGGAGAAUUUCCAUGAGAUUUUGAUCGAGUGCAGCAACGGCUCAGAUGGGUCUGAUCCGGAGUUGGAGAUAAAGAUUGAUGGGAUCCAAGCCGUUCGUGUGAAGCGGCUUCACUGGAAGUUCAGAGGCAAUGAUUGUGUUGAUGUGAACAGAAACAGAGUUGAAGUUUUCUGGGAUGUUCAUGAUUGGCUGUUUUGCUCCGGUCCGAGGCACGGAAUGUUUAUAUUUAAGCCGGUGUCGGCGGAGCAUACGGCUGAGCCCCCGUCGCUUUCGGCCGUUGACCAAUCUUUGACCGAAAAGAUUAAGAGUGAGAUUUCGAGAUAUGAUGUGAAUUAUGAAGAGGUGGGGCCAAGUGGUUUGGGAGUUUUUGCUACAGCUGGAAUUGAGUAA